AUGAACCUGACCCUGCGGCUAGUGAACGUGCCGGACCUGUCGGCGGGGGUGAACUGCACGUUUGCGGAGUUUGCCGAGACGGAGGCGCUGGUGGAGGAGCGGGAGCGAGUCAGCUGCCUUUCGCCCUCGCCCCGCGACGUCGCUCGCAUCCUCAGCAACCGUGGCGACACGCGUGUGGUCAAGCUGGGCCUGCGCUCACGCGAGACCGGACGCGAGUUCGCCAGCACCGACUUCGUCUUCUUCAACUGCAGCGUCCACCCCUCGUGCCUGGCGUGUGUUCGGAGCGAGUACCGCUGCCACUGGUGCAAGUACCGCCACGUGUGCACCCACGACCCCACCAGCUGCUCCUUCCAGGAGGGCCGCGUCAACACCACCGAGGACUGCCCCCAGCUGCUCCCCUCUCCGGAGAUCCUGAUCCCCGUGGGGGUGGUGAGGCCCAUCACCCUCAACGCCAAGAACCUGCCGCAGCCGCAGUCGGGGCAGCAGGGCUACGAGUGCGUGGUGAGCGUGGUGGGCACCGAGGUGCGCGUGCCCGCCCUGCGCUUCAACAGCUCCAGCGUGCAGUGCCAGAACACCUCGUACACGUACGAGAGCGGCUCCGUGAGUGACCUCCCGGUCGACUUCUCCGUGCUGUGGAACGGCCACUUCGCCAUCGACAACCCCACCAACAUCAAGGUUCACCUGUAUAAGUGCGGUGCGGCGCGCGACAGCUGCGGCCUGUGCCUGAAGGCCGAGCCCAAGUUCACGUGCGGCUGGUGCCAGCCCGAGGGGAAGUGCUCGCUCAAGCAGCACUGCACCCAAGCGGCCGUCAACUGGAUGCACCUGCUGGUGGGGUCGCGGCGCUGCACGCACCCCCGCAUCACCCAGGUGACCCCGGCCACGGGGCCGCGGGAGGGCGGCACGCGCGUCACGAUCCGCGGAGAGAACCUGGGCUUGGAGCUGUACGAGGUGACGGAGCACGUGAUGGUGGCCGGCGUGCGCUGCCUUCCCCUGCAGCACGAGUACAUCAGCGCCGAGCAGAUCGUGUGUGAGAUGGAGGAGGCCGGCCGCUCCGAUCCCCCGUCCGGCCCCGUCCGCGUCUGCGUCAACGUCUGUCUCCCCGAGUAUACGGCCGUGUCGCAGCAGCACUACCGGUUCACGGUCCCGGUGCUGAGUGGCCUCCGCCCGGACAAGGGCCCCGUGUCGGGCGGCACCACCGUCACCGUGCUGGGAAGCAACCUCGACGCCGGCAGCACCGUGGCCGUCACCUUCAACAACAACAGCUGCCGCUUCCUCAGACGCUCCGCCACGGAACUGGUUUGCGUCAGUUCGGGCGCGAGCUCGGGGCUGGGCCGGGCGCGCGUGGCGCUGCACAUCGACCGCGCCAGCGUGCACAGCGAGCUGGCCUUCGAGUACCGGGAUGACCCCACGGUGACACGCGUCGAGCCCGAGUGGAGCAUCUACAAUGGCAGCACCAUGGUGACCGUGACGGGGACCAACCUGGCGCUCAUUCAGGAGCCCAAGAUCCGCGUCAAAUUCAACGGCUCCGAGAGCAUCAGCGCCUGCGAGGUGGUGAACGGAAGCCACAUGGUGUGCCGGGCCCCCGGGCUGCCCCUGGGCGCUGGCCCUCUUCUGGCCGAUGCCGAGGUGCGGCCCGACGAGUUUGGGUUCGUCCUGGACGCGGUGUCGGCGCUGCUGGCCAUCAACAACUCGGCCUUCCUUUACUACCCCAACCCCUCCUUCGAGAUGCUCAGCCCCAGCGGCACACUCGAGAUCAAGCCGGGGGCACCCAUCAUCCUCAAGGGUCGGAACAUUGUUCCGCCGGGCGGGAAGCUCAACUACUCGGUACUGAUCGGAGACCACCGGUGCGAGGUGACGGUGUCGGAGACGCAGAUCCUGUGCGAGUCGCCCAGCAUCACCGGGCGCCACCGCGUGCUGGUGCGCGUGGGAGGGAACGAGCAGUCCCCCGGGAUGGUGCACAUCUACUCGGACAGCCUGCUGAGCCUGCCCACCAUCGUGGGCAUCGCGGUGGGGGGCGGCCUCCUCAUAUUCAUCAUCGUCGCCGUGCUCAUCGCCUACAAACGCAAGUCCAAGGAGAGCGACCUCACGCUGCGCCGCCUGCAGAUGCAGAUGGACAACCUGGAGUCGCGCGUCGCGCUCGAGUGCAAGGAGGCCUUUGCGGAGCUGCAGACUGACAUCAACGAGCUGACCAGCGACCUGGACGGCACGGGCAUUCCCUUCCUGGACUACCGCACGUACGCCAUGCGCGUUCUCUUCCCCGGCAUCGAGGAGCACCCGGUGCUCAAGGAGCUGGAGGUGCCCGGGAACCGUCAGGAGAGCGUGGAGAAGGGCCUCAAGCAGUUUGGGCAGCUGCUCAACAACAAGGCCUUCCUGCUCACCUUCAUCCGCACCCUCGAGUCGCAGCGGAGCUUCUCGAUGCGCGACCGCGGCAACGUGGCGUCGCUCAUCGCCACGGCGCUGCAGGGCAAGAUGGAGUACGCCACCGACGUCCUCAAGCAGCUGCUGUCCGACCUCAUCGACAAGAACCUGGAGAGCAAGAACCACCCCAAGCUGCUGCUGCGCCGCACGGAGUCCGUAGCUGAGAAGAUGCUCACCAACUGGUUCACAUUCCUACUGCACAAGUUUCUCAAGGAGUGCGCCGGCGAGCCCCUCUUCAUGCUCUACUGCGCCAUCAAGCAGCAGAUGGAGAAGGGGCCGAUCGACGCCAUCACGGGCGAGGCGCGCUACUCGCUCAGCGAGGACAAACUCAUCCGCCAGCAGAUCGACUACCGCACCCUCACGCUGAACUGCGUGAACCCGGACAACGAGAACGGGCCCGAGGUGGCGGUGAAGCUGCUCAACUGCGACACGGUGACGCAGGUCAAGGAGAAGCUGCUGGACGCCGUCUACAAGAACGUGCCCUACUCGCUGCGCCCCAAGAGCGUCGACAUGGACCUGGAGUGGAGGCAGGGGCGCAUGGCCCGAAUCAUCCUGCAGGACGAGGACAUCACCACCAAGAUCGAAAACGACUGGAAGAGACUCAACACUCUCGCCCAUUACCAGGUCGCUGACGGCUCCAUUGUGGCGCUGGUUCCCAAGCAAACGUCGUACAUCGCCAACCCCACGGUGCUGCCGCGCCCCUCCGUGAGCCGAUACGAGAACAUGAUCCGGUACGCGGGCAGCCCGGACUCGCUACGCUCGCGCACGCCCAUGAUCACGCCCGACCUGGAGAGCGGUACCAAGCUGUGGCACCUGGUGAAGAACCACGACCACGCCGACCAGAAGGAGGGCGACCGCGGCAGCAAGAUGGUGUCCGAGAUCUACCUCACCCGGCUGCUAGCCACCAAGGGCACGCUGCAGAAGUUUGUGGACGACCUGUUUGAGACGAUCUUCAGCACGGCGCACCGCGGCAGCUCGCUGCCCCUCGCCAUCAAGUACAUGUUCGACUUCCUGGACGAGCAGGCCGACCGGCACACCAUCAGCGACCCCGACGUGCGCCACACGUGGAAGAGCAACUGCCUGCCGCUGCGCUUCUGGGUGAACGUGAUCAAGAACCCGCAGUUCGUGUUCGACAUCCACAAGAGCAGCAUCACGGACGCGUGCCUCUCCGUCGUCGCGCAGACCUUCAUGGACUCGUGCUCCACCUCGGAGCACCGGCUCGGCAAGGACUCGCCCUCCAACAAGCUCCUCUACGCCAAGGACAUCCCCAACUACAAGAACUGGGUGGAGAGGUACUACUCGGACAUCGGCAAGAUGGCCGCGAUCAGCGACCAGGACAUGAACGCGUACCUGGCGGAGCAGUCGCGCCUCCACGUCACCGACUUCGCCACCAUGAGCGCCCUCAACGAGAUCUACGCCUACGUCACCAAGUACAGCGACGAGAUCCUGUGCGCGCUGGAGGGCGAGGAUCAGGCCAAGAGGCAGAGGCUGGCCUACAAGCUGGAGCUCGUCAUGGCCUGCAUGCGGGGCAGCACCUGACCGCUGGUGCCCGUUUCCCCCGCGCGGCCACAACCGAAGAAAACCACCUCCGCCACCUCCUCCUCCACCUCCACACCCGUGUACGAUGACCGAUGGCACUCCGUGGGGGGUUUUCGUAGGAAACGCUCGUCGCUUGGGGCAAGAAACGCUGGAGACCGUGUCCGCCGGCGUGGGUGGGGGGUGGGGGGCGGCUGGGGCGGCGCGACCCUCAUCUUUUGUAAUCCCCGCGUGAAGCCGUUUCUCAAUCCUCGCCGCCGCACCCCCAUUGUUUACACGUGCAUGUGAUCGCUAGCAACCCGUGUUCCGCUUGUGCCACCCCCCCCCCCCCCCCCUUAUCCUCAUUCCCCACCUUUGCCCUACCCUCGUGUGGUGCAAAGCAUUCUGGGGAAGUCAGGAAAGGCGUGGUGUUGCCGGUGGUGGUGGUGGGGAGGGGCAGCUGCACCCCCCCUCCGUUGUUCGUAUAAUUUCUUUUUCCGACCCCCGCAUGCCCCGCCGCACCGCGCUCUCUCCGUUCUCCCGUCCGCCACGGAUUGCGAGCAGCGCCACAAACCACUGCUUCUGCGCGAGGGGCGAGGGGGGUGCAGUGGGUUGGGGGGGGGCGGUCUUUGCGAACUUUUUCAUAGGAGAGAUGCUGAGAGUCUUGACAGCUUCAGUCAAAAUCGGCAGUGUGAAUGGCAGCUGCUGCUGCUGUCGUCAUCUGCCCAUGUUUUGGUUCUUGAUGAAGAAUUCGGUUCAUGAUUUCACCAGACGCUACAGGCUCGCUCAUUACAGGCGCCCGUUUACUUGACACUACAAGCUCGCUCAUUACAGGCGCUCGUUCACCUGACGUUACAGGCAUGCGCGUUAACCUGACACUACAAGCUCUCUACAGGCGCUCGUUCACCUGACGUUACAGGCAUGCGCGUUAACCUGACACUACAAGCUCGCUCACUACAGGCGCUCGUUAACCUGACGUUACAGGCAUGCGCGUUAACCUGACACUACAAGCUCGCUCACUACAGGCGCUCGUUCACCUGACGUUACAGGCAUGCGCGUUAACCUGACACUACAAGCUCGCU